GUAGACACCUAUUGGUAAUCCAUUUCUGCUGGUAGUUCGCUGCUGAGGCGGCAGACAGCGCCGUUUUGACGUCUUCAGCUAUGUUCGGGAAAGGAACUUCGUGCUUCACAUUGUUUGAAAAUCCACCACGCUGGUAAGAUGAGGCUUCAUAGACACGGCAAGCUUGCCUUACUUUUGGCCCUAGCCUUGGUGUUUUGCUGGCUCUUACUCUAUUUUGUAAGUUCAUCGGGGACAAAAGAAGAUCCAGAUGAGACGAGAAUUAUAUUGGCUCCUCCAAUAUGGGAAAAAAGAAAACUUCAGCAACCAGAAGAUCAGUUUUAUAAAGAAAAAGAAGAUAAUGAAUAUGUACCUCAGGGGGAUGGGACUUCAGUUUUGAAGCUGCCAGAUCAUGGUGGAAUGAUGACUGUCAUAGAUGACUGGGAAAGAGAACAGUUACAUGGCCGUCGCCCUGUUGUGAGGAAUAAACAAGAUGUAUUUGGUGCUGAUGAUAAAAAAUUUGUCUCUCAGAAAAUGCUCACAAAUCAAGAAUCAGAAACAGGUGAUUCUAAAACUAACAAGGAUGCGGCAAAUAUCAACAACAGAUUAGAUAAGCUUGCAAAGGAGAUGAAAAUUCUGCUGAGUGACUUUGAUGUCAAGAAGCAAGAUACAAGUCAAAAGGAAAAUUCAGUGGUUGUGCAAGAAACCAGCAGUUCGAAGGGCACUGUACCUCAGUCACCUCAGUACGUAGACAAAAUUGCUAUACUUACUCCAAUAGCUAAUGCUGAGAGUAGGCUAGAUCGCUAUGCUAACCUUAUUAGGUCUUUGUCUUACCCACACAGUCUGAUCUCUGUCAUGUUUGGAGAAGAUUCAAGUGGAGAUGGGACUCUUAAAAAAGUCGAGGUUGUAGUUGAUAGACUGAAACACGAGUUUCGUAGAGUCCAGUUCUUCCAUUUCAGUGAUAAUUUUUAUAUAAAGCAAGACUGGUCAGAAAUCCACAGGAAAUCAAUUCAGUUAAAAAGACGCUCCCACUUGGCUAAGUCACGCAACAAUUUGAUAUUUGAAGGACUUAGAGAUGAAGACUGGGCACUAUGGAUAGACAGUGAUGUAACCAGUUUUCCAAGUGACUUGAUACAAAAACUUUUGGCUGCAAAAAAAGACGUGGUGGUUCCGAGUUGCAUGUCAAUGGAUGAGAAAGGCGAUGUUCAUCUCUAUGACAGAAAUACAUGGCGUGAAACCAAGUCCUCUCUUGCCCUACAGAAAGUUCGAUCUCCAGAUUAUCUCAUGCUAGAAGGGUAUGAUCAGAGUGAGAGGCUCUUCUUACCAGAUUUAAAAUCUGAAGGAGAUGUAGUUCAAAUAGAUGGGGUUGGAGGAUGUGUUCUGUUGAUAAAAGCUAUUCAUCACAAGCAAGGUCUUGUAUUUCCCCCAUUUAUAUUUGAUCAUCACAUCGAGACAGAGGGUCUUGCCAAGAUGGCAAAGGCAAUGAAUAUAUCUCUGUGGGGUAUGCCAAAUUUGGAAGUAUAUCAUUGAGGAUGCUGUCCACUGGUGUUGUCAUGUAUGUCGGUGAAAAUAUCUAUAGAUGAAAUGUCCAGAUUUUUUGGUUUACAUUAUGUGCAAGUUACCAAUAUCUCUAGUCGUGUCACUGUGAAUUAAUGGACCAUGUCAAUAAUUGCAUAAUUUUACUUGUACAAUUUAGAGGUAUAACUAAUUGUCAGAUGUUUAACUGCUGGUAAUAUUUUUUACUACAUGUAUUAUCUUAUUUCCAGUAAUCGUAUUUACAUUCCUAUAUCACGGAAACAUUCUCUACAGUGUUUAUAUCUGCGUGGUUAAUUUUAAAAAAAAUAUUUUAUUAGAAGCAACUUAUCAGAGAGUAAUUACUUAUGAUGUACAAACUGCACACUUUUUCUAAUAUUUUAUUUCUUUUGUAGUUUUGAAUUAAUCAUUUCAGAAACAGAUGUGCACUUCUGAAGUGUAAAGUGUAAAUUAGAAAACAUUGAGAAAAAUUGUGCACAGUGUGAAUUAAUGAAGUAAUUACCAUACAAACAAUUAAAUUGUGCAUAUUAUAUGAAAAAAAACAACUAUUUUAAAAAUGUACAUGCUCUUAUUGUUUAAAUAAUUGGAGAGAUCUGUUACAGGCAUUCCUUAAAUUGAUAUAUGCAUUUUUAUUCCUAAUGGAAUUGCAACAUUACU